AUGCAACCUAGGCGUGUAUUUGGGACUUUGCCCCAAUUGGAUAACCCUGAACAUGAUCAUGUCAUGGAGCUGACAUCUCCUAUGCAAGGCAUGGAACAGGGACAUCAGGAAGGAGUAGGAAUUACCCCUUCUAAACAGGCUGACCAACCGGAUAUGGAAUCAUUUCAACUUGCCACAGCUAGGAUCCUAGACCCUAGGCAUGAGAAUCCAGGGAAUAACACACCCUUGGAGGACCCUGCCACCAGGGAAAAGGAAACCCCUUUGGUAGAUAAGGCAACCAGGAAUAAGACAGUGAAGGAUUUUAUUGAAGACUUCUUUGCCAAAUUCCCUGAGGAAACUCAACCACCAAAAACUGAGGCAAACAGGAAAUGGAUUACUAAUGACCACCUUACAAGUACCCAAAAGGUCUAUGGAUUCUUAAUGGAACUAGUAAUGGGAGUCAAAAGGUUGGAGAAACAUAUUGACAACCAUCUAAAGAUGGAACAGGAAAUGCUGGAUCAAGGCAUUUCUCAGGAGGUGAUUGAUGAAUUGGAUAAAAUACUUCCCUUGUCUUCCCUCUGGGAGGCUGAGAACAACAGUGAAUCCAAUUCUGAUAAAUCAGGGUCUACUGAAAUCCAAUGUGAGAACAUCAUGCCUGCCAUCAGAACAGAGACCAGGAUCUCCAAGGCCACAGGAAAUGCCACCUCUUACCACCUUGAUAGAUCCAGUGAGCACAGGACCGAGUUCCCUUGGUCCCAGGACAACCUGGAUCAAUGGGCACCCCCAGAUCCAUCCAUGGGCUGGGACAUGGGGAAUGAUCAACCCCCUAUCACCAACAUCUAUGACUGGCAUAAGGUCAUCACAAGAUGUGACUCCUUCCAACAAUCCAAGGCUUAUGCCAAACUACUUGAUCCCUCAGCAACCCUUGAUUACAUACCAAUGGGUCAACAAUGGAAAUGCUACUGGAUUGGAAGAACCCUACGCUGCCCAACAAGGGGAUACCUCCGCUGGGUUGGCAACAUUGAGGAAAUUGAUCCUGAAUGGUGGAUACCAAUCUCAACAGUAAGGGAAUGGCUGGCUACGGAAAUUGAAAACUGGAAAAACAAACUGCCAUCAGGCUUAGGUGGCUAUGUGGACAACCUCACUCCUGAGGAUGUCUAUUACAUGAUCCUAGAACGCAAAAUGAGCAUAGAGGAUCUACAUGACUGGCUCAAACAAUGGGCCAUGCAAGCAGCUCAGAAUGAUCUGAGCAGAAGUAUAUCCAACUUAGCAAUCCAUGAAUUAAGUGAUGAAGGAGGACAUGAGUCUGACCUUGAAAGUAACAAGGCCAUGAACAAAUGGAAUCCCUUGGAUUAUGCUGAUGGAAUGUGA